AACCGUAUUGACUGGCGGCUGCGCGCUGGUUUGACUCCCAAAUGUCAAAUCCUGUGGCCGGGGUUAAUCACCUUCUCUGUGAGUGUUCACAGCAGCACAGAAAGUUCCAGCUGCUGCGGCUGGAUGUUUCUAACGCUGCCUUUUCCAGGCUUCCUCAAAGUGUGAGGGGCAGUUGUGAAGUCCCCAGAGAGCGAGGUGUGUGUGAUAUUGUGCCAAAAACAAAAAUAAUUGAUCUUAAAGCCGCAUUGGAUUAUCGUAGAUGAAGAUCGGCGACCUCUGGGAAUAACAUCAAUCAGUACAAACGUCUGCGGUUUCCUUUUCCCUCUGGUUCGAGAUGGGAAACGGACUUUCAGAUCAAACUCCUAUUCUGUCAAACUUUCCAUCUUUUCAAUCUCUCCACAUCGUUAUUUUAGGUUUGGAUUGCGCUGGGAAAACCACGGUUUUAUACCGAUUGCAGUUUAAUGAAUUUGUUAAUACUGUUCCAACGAAAGGAUUUAAUUCUGAAAAAAUCAAAGUGACUUUGGGCAACUGCAGGUCGGUGACUUUCCAUUUCUGGGAUGUCGGUGGUCAGGAGAAACUGAGGCCACUCUGGAAAUCCUACACUCGCUGCACAGAUGGUAUCAUCUUCGUGGUGGACUCGGUAGAUGUGGAAAGAAUGGAAGAAGCCAAAACUGAACUGCAUAAAAUAACCAGGAUCUCUGAGAAUCAAGGAGUGCCUGUGCUUUUGAUUGCAAACAAGCAAGAUCUCAGGAACUGCCUCUCUCUCUCUGAAGUAGAGAAACUAUUAGCAUUGAGUGAAUUAAGUUCCUCAACCCCAUGGCAUCUACAGCCAGCCUGUGCCAUAAUAGGAGAUGGGCUGAGAGAGGGACUGGAAAAACUUUAUGAAAUGAUCGUCAAGAGGCGGAAAAUGUUGAAACAACAGAAAAAGAAGAGAUGACUCUACAACAGUUGAAGAUACAAUGAUAUUUUGUAUUUUUGAAAGCUGAGAUGUUUCUACACUGGUCAUUAUUAUCUGUAGCCCUUUGACAAAGCUAACAUUGCAAAUGCAAGUCCUUUUGAGACCCAAGACUGGAUUUUUUUUUGUGUGUGGGAUCACAGUUGAAGGUGGAUGUGAUGAAAUAAGCAUUGAGAGCAGUUAUGCCAGAAUAAGACUGUCAGCAUCUUUUAUAGUUUGCCUGACCAAAUUAUAUUUAGAUUGUAGUACUUGUUCUGUGUUCAUUGACCUUCCUAAUGGUCAGGUAUGUUUGUAUGUAUGUGGGCUGUGUUUCAAUUUUAGGCCUAAGAGUUCAGGUACCUGCCACAGCACAAAGCUUUUAGGCCAGCUGAACACUGAAAAUAUUUAAUUGUUGACUGUUGUAAAAUGAAUACUUACAAAAAAUAUUGGGGAAAAUGGCUGCUACAGAUUGUAGUGUAAAAUGUUUAAGUGCUCUUCUGUUUCUAAAGUAAAGAAAUUUAAAGAGCAGGUUGUUAAUUAAGUCUUUGGAAGAAUAUUUAAAUGAGCUACUACUGGUAUUGAAGAAAUGUGAAGCAUUUCUGUGCUUGCCCACAUAAUUUAUAGUUCUGGGGUUGCUGGCAAAAGCAUAUCACUUAAUUGUAGAAUGGAUAUCAAUCGGUCUCAUACAGAAAUCUCUGAUGUGGAGGGAGAAGGGAAACAGUGAUGUUUAACUGACCUUGAACUUUUGAGUGUUGAAACAUUUUUUCAUAAUGACACUGGAACAUAACAUUUGUUUGUUCUUGUUACUGAUGAACAAGUUCCAGGAAGCCCAAAUUUCUAAGCAGUAUUACAUUUGGGAGAUGAAUUUCAUACCAUGAUAUAAGCUGUGACAUAAGAUGUGAGAGGGAAAAGAAACAGCAGGACUGCAUUUGCUGUCAAAUGUAAAAUUAGCAUAAUAAAGCUGUCUAAGGCAGCUUUGCCAUGAAUUAUUUUGGUGCCAUCUUUCUAUAGUUUUUGUGUGGAGAUUUCAUUUGCUUUAAAGAUUGUAGUGGUUGUUAUAAAAAAAAGCCACAUUUAAUUGUGACCAGCUGUUUCUUUAAUGAAGGAGGGUCUGAAUGUACAGCUAUUCUGACCUGAAAGGGACAGUAACAUGCUAUUGACACUGGCGCCAGCAAACAGACCUAGACUGCAUUCUCAUUAAUAUAGAUGAGUUUGCACCAAUUAUACAAAUUUAAACUGGGGGAGGGGGUGCAGCAAAUAGGGAAAGUUUUCUUCCCCCCCAAUUUGUUUGCAAGUAUCCUUUGUAGUUUGCUGUUUCCCUGAUGCAGGAUGUUUUCCAACAUGGGAAUUACUGAAUCAUUUGUUUUUCAUUAUUUAUUGUAUUACAUAUUUCAUAUUUAUAAAAUUUGAGCCGUGUAAUUAUUAUUGACACUUGUUGACAAAGACUGAUCCAAAUUUUGAUUGGCACAAGCCCUUAAAAUGGCUUACGAUUUCUUUUUGUAUAAAGAGGACCAGGGAUAAUUUGAAGCUUCAUCAUGUAACUGGAGACUUUCAUCUAAAGAAAACCAUGGGCUGAGAAGGGGUUACAUUUGACAAAUCAGUUAAUUCAGAAUUUUUUUUAUCUGAAACCUAGAUUGAUUAUUUCUAAAAUACAUUUUAGACUAUUUGUUACACCCCCAAAGGUUAAAAAUUAAUGAAAGGCUAGUGCAUAUACAGUGUAUUUUCUAUUUUUAAUUCUUUCCCCCUCUCUUUCAAUUUAAAAGGUUUUGAGAUGGCUGGUGAGGCAGGGUUGUUUGGAUGUGGAGGUGCUGGCCAUUCAUGUGUGUACAAGCACAAGAUGUUAUAAACACUGAAAUAUUCACACAUGUAAAUGGAGAUUUGGGUGUUCUGUUGAAUGCGGAGACUAUCUCUGGUAUGAAAAAGGCUAUGAAUAGUUUGCACAAAAAUCUUUAUGUAGUAUCUUGUUUACUUCCAGUAUUUUCCAAACUUAAAAAGGCAGGCCAAUUUAUUUAUGUUCAUUGCUAAACCUGAUCAAUUGUAAGCAAAAUGAAAAAGGCUAACCAAUUGAACUGGCAGUAAAUUAUUAAAAUAAAAAUUAAUUGCAAUUUAAAACUGUCUUGUCUCCUAUCUCCGAAGACCUUGCAUUGAGACAGUAAAAGCUCUUUGAUUAAAUGAGGCUAUUGGUAUUUUACUGUAACAAUUUUGUAAAUAUAUUCUGUUUGACUUGUGCAGUGGCUUAAAGAAAUGCACUUUAGGUGUUCAUUAAAGAUCAACAGCUUUGUGUUUUAAUAACUGAACGACUUUUAAUUGAUCUAUCUGGUUUCUGUGUUUACCAUCUUCACGUGACAUUUCCGGUCCCGGUUAGAAAAAUCCUUUAUAUUUAUAUAAAUAUUUGAUCUUAAUAAAUAAACUAAACAAAUCGUA